CCGCGCGUACGCGCCGCUAAAAGAAAGCUUUUAUCUAUUCUUCCCUGCCUCGUAGACCCUGUACGUGCCAAAAAGAACUCUCGUGUUCUUAAAGCUUAUCUCACGGCAACUAUGUCUCCCGAGCUCAAUAAAGUAUGCAGAAACCACUGAGAGAACUGAGCCGACUGUGGCAUGGUACAAAUAACCAGGCCAGUAACAAUCAACCAACAAUAUUGACGGAAGUAUGCAGCAGCGAGCCAGCCAGCGGUUUACCUUUGCUUCAGGUAUGGCCGAGCGACUCACCAAGAGGCGAAGCAGACGGCGAAACAUUUGUCUUCCCCGAUGUUCAGGAAAACAUCAACGACAGUGGUAUCGAAUCCAUCCAGCGCUUGGAAAUCAAGGCCUCUCCCUCGCCUGGUGGUGCAAACGGCGCAGGUGGUGGAGGAGGCGGCGGCAAUAGUCCGACCCAAGGGACAACCCCGCAACAAUCUCGUCGUUCAAGUUUUCUGCAUCCAGAUCACGCGCGACUUCAUCAUCAUCGUAUAGUCGUGGAAAAGCCAAGCAUGCCGGACUACGAGGAGCCACAACCACCAAGUCCAUCCAGUUCAACUACGAGCAGUCUCAGGUCUGUGCCCAGCUCUGCCAUGACCUCGAUGUCGCAGUCGCACGAGCGUCGACGUAGCAGCAGGUACAGCAUGUUCGAUGCACUAGACCUCGAGUACGCAUUGUUACGUGCUGCAGCGCGAGGAUCGGUCGGGCCUUACUCAUUAUCAGAAUCCUUGCACAAGUUGACCUUCACUCAGAGCCUGGCAUUUCCAGCAUUAGCUAGAGGCUUAGCUUCGAAGAAAAGUGAAGCUGAAGCUAAUGGCAAUUGUCAAUCGGACGGUCACCAACGCACCGAAAGUGGCAUGAACGUGUUUGCGAAAAUAGUGACAGCUCUUGUGUUAGUGCUCGUGAGUGUGCUUGUGUUCGGGGUGGUUUACAAAUUCGUAAGGACGUGAGGGUACCUGCUGGUGCCAGGAGGCGCUGUUAAACAAGAGUUGCCACCGCGCUCUUACUUCGGCAGUUCUCUUGGUGCCAGCGAUUCUGCUGCUCCGCUGCGAUACAACGAUUAUUUCAACGAUGACAGCUCGUGAAAUGUUGUUGAUACGAUAUUAGCAUUGACUUUUCUCAAACAGUCUAACGAACUGUUCAACUGAACUAAAUUUGUGAGCUUGCGACGAAUUUUCGACGUAGCUUUGUGGACUUUCUAAAAUUCAUAUAAAUUUAUAUUCGCGUAUAUGGUAAUGUCAUAAAAGAACAAUAAAUGAUAGUUUGCCGAUAGAAUUGGAUAUACUCUAUAGCGAAUUAUAUUUUUUGGAACGCAUAUUACCGAUAUAGAGGAGAUAUUUUUCUGUCAUUACUAAUGCAUAUUGUAUAAUAUAAACACAAAUUUAAGUUUUCAUCGUUUAAAAUAUGAAAAGUGAUCAAAUAUACUGUAAAUAUUUACUGUUUUUUAAAUAAUUAGGUGAAUCUUGCUAAAAUAAAAAUCGUGAAGAAACUAAUUGUUUAAAUAUUCUUCGUUGAAUAAUACUUCAUUUCUCUAAAGAUUAUUUUGAAUAUUUAUGGAUUCAAUAAGUACAUGCUCGCGUAAAGUACGUGUUACUAAAUAACAAUCAUUCCGUCGCUUUGAAUAGUCCGCAAAUCAUAUAUAACGUUAAAAAAGAAGUAAAAAUGAUACAAGGAAAAGAACUAAUUAUUUUGUCAAAUUCAACAUUGAAAUAUAAUAAUUUUAUUACUAUUUUUUAUCUAUUUUUGCAUAAGUUAUUAAUUCUCAAUCGAUUUUUGUUAUUUACUAUUGGAUUCUAUGGAACUUUUAAAACUCUUUUGGAAUUUAUUAACUCUUUCAACAUUUCGAUAUAUUUUAUUUAAAACUUAUCAAUUAAAUUAUGAAAAAAAUAUUCAGUAGACUACAUACAAGUAAAGCGGUUCGUUGAAACAAUACAUUUGGAGGUUUGUAUAAGUACAGAGAGCAAAUUGUUUAUUAUAAAAAUUUAAAAAAUCCAGUUCACAUAGAUGUAGAUAAGAAAUAAUUUUAAGACAAGUCCAUCAUUGAUGAUAUUACAUUAAUUAUACAAAACAAAACUUUUCAACAAAAAUACUACAAAAAUACUUGAUAUCUGAAUAGCUAUGAAAGAAAAUAUUUACGUCACCUCUAUUCUUACAUCUUUUUGUGUCUUUUGUCACAUGAUAACUACAUAUUUCAAUACCAUAAACGUCCAGCAAAAAUUCAAAAUAAUUUAUUGUCAGUUUAAGUUCUUUUUUUAAGUUAUGGAUAACAAUUAUAAAAUAAAAUUCUUGUGUAUGUUUUGAAACAAUAUUGCUAAUAAACAUAAUUACGUCUGUAAUUGUUUUUUUUAAUUACUAAAAUGAUUCAAGAGCUGAAUUAAUUGUUAUAGCAAAAUAGAUACAAGUCUUUACUUUUGAUCUAAUUUUUUAUAAGGUGAUUUGAAUGAAAUUCAAAUCGUUUUAGCAAAAUCUUUUCAAAAUAGAUACUACAAAUUUUUACAAUAUUACUCACGAAAAAGUCAAGGAAUGAUGAAUAUAAUAUUUUUAUUAAAAAACAUACCUUAUCUGAAUCAAAUAAAAUACUAUUGAUUAGAAGUCUAUUUCCCAAUAUUAACGGGAGCGUAGAACAAAACAAA